AUGUUGGUCGUUUACCGGCGAUACUUUCGGCGACUAAGAACAGCUGAAUGGAUUACACCGGACAUUAUGAAGCAAAGGCGGUGGAUCAAAGGUGUCGUGACCAGUGUAGGAGACGGAGAUAAUUUUAGAUUAUUUCACACUCCAGGAAUUGGAUGGGGAUGGCCAUUGAAAUUUAGAAGAGUACCCUCACUUAACAAAGAAUUGAAGGACCAGACCAUCCAUGUCCGCAUCGCAGGCGUCGAUGCGCCAGAGGGUGCUCAUUUUGGUCGGCCGGCCCAGCCUUACGCUGAGGAGAGUCUAUCCUGGUUGAGAACCCAUCUUCUUGGAAAGACAGUAUAUUGCCAGCUGGUAAGACGCGACCAGUACGGGCGUAUCGUUUCAGUAGUUGUACAGCCUCCUGGCUUUCUCCCUGGCUUCCUUGUAUCGGGAAAAAGUCUUUCUCUGGAAAUGUUGAAGGCCGGCUGGGUAACGACAUAUGAACAAGCUGGUGCUGAGUAUGGAAAAUGGGGUAAAGUAGAAUUUCAAAGGAUUGAAACCAGCGCAAAAGCUGCGCGUCGGGGUAUGUGGAAGGAUGGAAUUACAGCAGAGACUCCAGCAGAGUACAAACGCCGAUACGGUCGGUCAAUGGAAUCCGCAGAGGCUGCAGAGGCUGUACAGGAUUCUACCAGAAGGAAACACAAGAGAACAUUAUUCAGUCGUUGGCUAACUAGGCUGUGGCCUUCUAAAUGA